AUGGCGGUCGAAGUUGGACGACUUGGUAGACGCCACGUAAUCUCACGAAGUGGCUUGGAAGCCGUGCUGAAGGACCUGAGAGACAGAGAGUUUCCAAGUGCAAUCUCCAGACAGACAGUAAAGAGGCAACGGGACACCACCGUGGAGGUGCAGACGCCGCUGGGAUGCUUGCUGUCUUCCUAUACUGCUAAGAACGUUGAGCUUCCGUUUCUGGCACCUCUCCCCUUACUGUACCACCUCUGUGCACAAGAGUCUGAAUUUGCUCGGAUGAUGAGACAGGUUCUCGAUCACUACAAGCCGUCCAGGCAGAGACCACUGAGUAUACUGGCCUAUGCCGAUGAGAUCAGCCCUGGAAAUGUAUUGGCUCAUAGGCUUGAGCGAAAGGUGCAAGUCAUAUACUGGAGCAUCAAGGAGUUUGGACCUGUAGCACUUUCCUCUGAGAGGUGUUGGUUCUUGGCAGGCAUCGCUCGGUCAGAGCAUGUCAAGAGGCUGCCAGGUAAAAUGUCUGAGUACUUCAGGCGAUGCCUCGAGCAGUUCAUCUUGCCAAUUGAUGUGCGGGAAGGGGUUCAAGUGCGGUUUGCUGAUGGGCACUGCUCCAUGGUCUUCGCUGCUGUUGAGGUCAUUGUGGCCGAUGAGGUGGCACUUAAGGAGAUGAUAGACAUGAAAGGGGCAGCUGGAACGAUAUGUUGUCCCUUAUGUCGCAAUCUAGUGGACCACAAGUCGGAUCUCCAUCAUCACCGGGCAGCAUUCGUUCCGAGCACGACCAUAGAUCUUUCCCUAGUGGACGCCCAGACUGAUGCCACCGUCAAGCAGAUCUUGGAUUACCUUGAAGAACAGGCCGACGGGCGAGUGUCCAAGGCAAAGUUUAGCAAGAUGACCCAGGCUCUUGGCUUCAACCACAACCCACAUGGACUCUUGCGAUCGGCGGAGCUGGACAUCAAAGCCGUGAGCGUCCUGAUGUUUGACUGGAUGCAUUGCUUUUGCGUGGCUGGACUUUGGAAUGUGGAGGCUGGCCUCCUUGUGGCAAAGCUCCAGGAAAUCGGCAUCACGCAAGCUGAUCUGCAUGAUGAACUUCAAAAAUUUAUCUGGCCGCAAGCUAUCAGAAGCCGCGGUGUCACAGGACAAAAAAAAAUUGCAAAGGGAGAUCAGAAUGAAGACAUCAAGUGCUCGGCGAGUGAGUGCCUAUCAGUUUACGGUGUGUUAAGAUUGGUUCUCCUUGAAGCAAUGCAAACACAGAAUUUGCACGCCAUCCGUGCUGAAUGCGAAUCCUAUUUUCGACUGUGCCAUGUCUUGGAUUUGCUUCAACAGGUGAAACUGGGCAAGACAACCCCGAGGGCAUUGGAGGUUGCAGUUGUGGCACAUUUGUCAGCCUUCAAGGAUGCAUAUCAAGAUACACGAUUCUUGCCGAAGCAUCAUUACAGCCUCCAUCUCUGCAGAAUGUUGCAUCGGCAUGGGACACUUGUGUCGUGUUGGUGCCACGAACGGAAGCACAAAGAGAUCAAGCGACAUGCUCAGUUGAUCUGCAACACUUGGAGCGCCUGGGAGAGAUCUGUGAUGGUGGAUGCUGCGUGCGACAUGCUUGACUCUCUGAUGGAGGACCAAGAUGAAUCCUUCUAUGGCGGAAUAUGCCAGCCCCAAGAAGCCCCGAUGGCGACCAAGAAAUUGCUGUAUCGAACUUUGGGCGGGUUCCAUAUCGCAAAGGUGGCUCGCUCUGCCUACUACGCACCAGGAGCCCGAGUCUUCAAGGAUGAUGUGGUGAUCUGUCAAAUAGAAGAUCUCAAUGACCCUUUGCUAGGCCAAGUCUUGUUUUUUGCUUCUGUAGAUGAUGCUGAAUGGGUAUGCCUUCAGCCUUGGGAGCCGUUGGGAAACAACAUAUUCAAUUGCGAAGGCUUGGAUCCAGUUCUAUUCGAGCUGGAGUGCAUUCGAGACACUUGCAUCUUUCGACCAAUGCCUGAAAAUCAGGCUGCAGUUGCCGCAUGUUCUACUUGGGCGAGCUGGUAA